CUGUCUCUUAUCUCUUAACUAGUCACGAAUGGCGGCGGCUGCAGCGACAUCCUUCACUCCCUCUCUCUCAACACCUGCAACAUCUUCUUCUGAAACCCUAAAGCCAGCCUUCACAACUCUCAACCUAGGGUUUCUCUCGUCGACCUCAAAGUCAUUGAGAGCUAUGAAAGCUACCACCGGUGGAAAUGGUGUCGGUGUGGGGUCAGCUCUCGGUGUGCGCAUGGUGUCGAUGCCGACGAUUAAGACUCCUACCUCUCUCGAUUUCGAGACCUCUGUCUUCAAGAAGGAGAAGAUCUCUCUCGCUGGCCACGACGAGUACAUUGUGAGAGGAGGAAGGGAUUUAUUCAAGUUGCUGCCUGAUGCAUUCAAGGGGAUUAAGCAGAUUGGCGUUAUCGGUUGGGGUUCUCAGGGACCUGCUCAAGCUCAGAAUUUGAGGGAUUCCCUUGCAGAAGCAAAAUCUGAUAUUGUUGUCAAGAUUGGGCUUAGGAAGGGCUCUCGUUCUUUUGCUGAAGCUCGUGCUGCUGGCUUUACUGAAGAGAAUGGAACUUUGGGUGAUAUAUGGGAAACUGUAUCUGGCAGUGAUCUGGUGUUGCUAUUGAUUUCUGAUGCUGCACAGGCAGACAACUAUGAGAAAAUUUUCUCUCACAUGAAGCCAAACAGCAUCCUUGGACUUUCCCAUGGUUUUCUUCUUGGGCAUUUGCAGUCUAUGGGACUUGAUUUCCCAAAGAAUAUUAGUGUGAUUGCUGUGUGUCCCAAGGGAAUGGGUCCAUCUGUGAGGAGACUUUAUGUUCAAGGCAAAGAGAUUAAUGGUGCUGGAAUUAAUUCCAGUUUUGCAGUCCACCAGGAUGUUGAUGGCAGAGCCACUGAUGUUGCCCUGGGAUGGUCAGUUGCCCUGGGUUCUCCUUUCACAUUUGCCACCACUUUGGAGCAGGAGUACAAGAGUGAUAUCUUUGGGGAGCGGGGCAUUUUACUUGGUGCUGUUCAUGGAAUUGUGGAGUCCUUGUUUAGAAGGUACACUGACAAUGGAAUGAGUGAAGAUCAGGCUUACAAGAAUACUGUUGAGUGCAUAACAGGAAUUAUAUCAAAGACCAUCUCAACUCAGGGUAUGUUGGCUGUUUACAACUCCCUGUCUGAAGAGGAGAAAAAGGAAUUCGAGACAGCUUAUAGUGCCUCAUACUAUCCUUGCAUGGACAUCUUGUAUGAGUGCUAUGAAGAUGUAGCCAGUUGUAGUGAGAUCCGCAGUGUUGUCUUGGCUGGGCGUCGGUUUUAUGAAAAGGAUGGUCUACCAGCUUUCCCAAUGGGAAAAAUUGAUCAGACUCGCAUGUGGAAAGUUGGUGAGCGAGUCCGAUCAGCACGGCCAGCUGGUGACUUAGGUCCGUUGUAUCCCUUUACUGCAGGUGUCUAUGUGGCUUUAAUGAUGGCCCAGAUUGAAAUCUUGAGGAAGAAAGGGCACUCAUACUCUGAGAUCAUCAAUGAAAGUGUGAUCGAGUCUGUAGAUUCAUUGAACCCAUUUAUGCAUGCUCGUGGUGUUUCUUUUAUGGUGGAUAACUGCUCUACAACAGCUCGGCUAGGAUCAAGGAAAUGGGCCCCUCGUUUUGAUUACGUCCUCACGCAACAGGCUUUGGUGGCAGUGGACAGUGGUGCCCCCAUCAACCGAGAUCUCAUCAGCAACUUCCUUUCAGAUCCAGUGCAUGGAGCCAUUGAAGUCUGUGCUCAAUUGAGACCUACCGUCGACAUUUCAGUUCCACCAGAUGCAGAUUUUGUGCGUCCAGAGUUGCGUCAAUCUAGCAAUUAAGUCCUGGAGCAACCUUUGGCUUGAAGUAGCCAACAAAAUUCCCUCUACAGGGAUAUUCGGGGCAGAAACCUUGUGCUAUCUAUGAGCUGUAGUUGUAUUUAUCUAUCUAGUUUGCUUUGUUAAGUGGUAUUCUAUAUAUGUAGAACGACACUAUUAUCUAUGAGUUUGAUGUUGGAGGAGAUGUGGAAAUGCUUUCUAUAUUUGGGGUGAGAGAAGUCCCGAGUAGAGAGUGCGUUUUAUAAUAGUUCAUGCAUUUCAAUGAGUAAUAUCUUUUUCAGAAAA